GGCGUUUUUUACAUCCCUGGCCGCAGUUUGGCUUGUGCAAAUUUAUACACGGGCAUUAUAAAAAAAGAAGAAGGCUUGAUUUAAAAUUAAACCUUGUGCAUUUGGUUAAACACAACGGGCAAUAAUUCUAGCCAUGGAUGCCGCUCCAGCUGUAGCGCCGCACGCUGCAAACGAGUCGAAGCCACAACCACAACCCCCGGCCCCGGCGGCCGCUGCGCCAAACGAAAAUGGUGUACAAACAGCAGCAAAAAAAUCUGAAACAGCGACAGGCUCCGAAAUGCAUUCCAAUGUUGAGACUGGCAAAGUGCUAGAGGCGCAGAAAACGAAAUUGAAAUCCGAAAUGAACACGGAAAAGGUAUUGAUUACAAUAUGCAGCGCCGAUCGGAAAAAUAAAAAGACAUUCAUGUCCUUGCCCAGCAGAAAGGACGUUAUUGAAAAAGCACAUAAAUAUGGCUUGGCUGGCAGUACCAUAGUGCUGGAAAGCAAUGGCUGUGAGAUAUGCGAGGAUGAAGUGCUCCUGUUUGCAGCCAAGGAGAAGAUUUUACUCAUGCUGCUCGCCGAAAAUGAUGAAUAUGUAAUACUACCUCCGCCCUCGCCGCUGAAUCGUUCAGAGCGAGCGGGCAGCUCACUGGAUCCCAGUUUCGUAUCCAAUGCCAACGAUUCAACAGUGUCCAAUGACGAGACUUUAUCGUUGGCUAGCGUUACGCCUAGCAAUUCAAAGUUAUCUACAGCUCCGUUUAAGGAGUUUUCGAUACCUUGGAGCAAGGUACCGAACGAUAUUAUGAAGCUGUUACGCAGCAAAACUAGCCUGGGUAAGCGUCUAAAUACGUUGGCCAAUCUCCUCGUCGAUGCAUUGCGCGAACGCUCCUCACACAUACCCUCGAUGGUGUUUCGUGACGUCGCCCAGCAGGCGGCAGAAAAGUAUCCCGAUUCGUUGCUUGAAAAGGAUCGUGAAGGCCAACAGAUUGCUACCACGCCACAGUCGCUAAUCUCAAAAAUGAUCAAUCGCAACAAUGCGCUGAAUCGUCCACAGAAACGUGCCAGCUCCGGCACAACAGACUUACACAUUACCAGCGGCAGCAAGAAGCGCAAAUCGGGCUUUGGCGCUGUGGCAGCCAAUGGCAAUGCGAAGUCAAUGGCGCUAAAUCGCGAUUUGGAGGAGAAAAAGGAGCUCCUCAUUUCCAGUUAUCGUGGCAGUGACAAAGUUGAGCCCGCCAUUAUUGCCGAGUACAUGAAGGAAUGUUUUCCGCUGCAGCGCGCAUUCUUCAACAAUAGCGAAAAGAUACCAGACAUUACGGCCAUCAAGGACAACUGGCCGUAUAUAUUCAAUAAGGAUCUGCUCUAUCAGCAUUUCGAGCUGCUCAUGUCUAUUGAUCCGCGUGUGUUGGAAAAACGCUUUGCCAGCGAAAGGGAGCGCAUGUUCAAAUUCUUCAAGACGUCCAAAAACAAGAAAGUCAACGCUUUGGAAGAGAACAAUGCGAAUAUAGUGCGAGGCCUGGCGUACCAUUUCAACGAGGAUCCCGACUACAUUUUCAAGCAGCUACAGAAUGGACCCUUGUCAAAAGAUGUGCUACAGAACAUAAAUCCAACAAAUGCGCCUUGGGUGGCUCUAGUCAAUACGCCCACAGCUGCUGGCACAGAGGCCGCCCAGACCGAAGCAAUGGUGUACAUUGAGGGAAAGAUAAUGAACACGUUUGCUGCUGCGGAUGCUGAUUUGCCGGAUAUCAUUGCCCAAUUGCUCUGCUACUAUUAUACCUUUAACAUGAUGUACCCCAAGGAAGCCAAUCAAACACUCGAAUUUAUUGUCAUUUAUUUUCUAGAACAUACGCCGGAACAGGCGCGCAACUCCAAAAAGAGCAUUACUGGCAACAGUAAAUACAAUCAGCUAAUUGCGAAAUUGGCCAAUGCAAAUGGUUGAGUCGAGAUGAUUGCAUUUGGAGCAUGCGUCUCAUACUGUUUAGUUUACAUAUUUAUUUUGCAGACCCAUUCACAUAUACUCCUUCUAAUUCUAAGAUGAUUUUUACAUAAAGUGUGUAGUACUUA